ACACUCGCUCUCGGCCGCCGUGUGAAAGCUUAACGGGCACGCCCCACCCACUCCCGUACAGAAAUAAAAAGGACCCGCCGUCGCGUGUGCUUUAAUUAAACGAACUUAAACAAAAAGAAAACCUAACAAAAUGAGCAAUCAACUGACUUCCGCGGACAUUCAGGAUGGUAAGGUGGAGUUCGAUAGGGCGACUGGCGCCAGCACCCAGUACAAGCUGAUCGAGGGUGGCUACGAGAUGAUCACCACCACGCCCCAGCCGAAUGGCACCGUGAAGACGCAGGUGCGCACCUUCUGGGACCCCAAGCCGGUCAGCCAGGAGGAUCUGCUGAAGGAGCAGCAGAACAAGAAGCUCGUCCAGAAGCGGCUGGGCAAGGAGGUGCGCAUCGAUGAGCGCACCACCAUGCUGACCCGCGCCAUCGAGGGCGGCUACGAGGAGGUGUACACCACCAUCAACGAGGACGGCACCAGGAGCAUGCGCACCAAGACCUUCUACGACUCGGUGCCCACGGAGGUGAAUGAGAACACCACCACGAAGGUGAACAAGAACAAGAAGAAUGUGACGCGCAAGUCGUCGGUUGACUCCACCGAUUCCACGGAGUCCUCUCGCCGCGUCGUCCAGAAGCAGCAGAAGAACGUGGUCCAGAACACCAGCGAUCAGCAGUCCAACUACCGCGAGGACACCACCAUCGAGAGGCGCGUCUCCGUCACUCAGAACAUCGAGAUCACGGAGAACAAUCGCACGGUGCGCAAGAACUCGCUGCAGGAGCAGAACAUCAAGGCCAUCACCUCCGCCACCUCGUCCAGCGACAAGAAGCAGAAGAAGAAGGCCAAGUCCUCGGCCCCACCACCGCCAGCGGACUUUGUGCAGAAUGACAGCACGACCGUGGCCUCCAAGCGCGUGCCCGGCGGUGUGGAGUACACCUACAACACGCAGCUGGAGUCUGGCAAGACGAUCACCACGUCGAAGACCGUCUACGAGGAGGAGGAAGUGGAGCUGACCGAGGAGGAGAUCAGGCAGUACAAGAAGACGCUCAAGGAUGCCGAGAAGCACAAGAACGUGACCUCCACCAAGAAGCUCAAGUCCGAGUCGGGCACCAAGAAGAUUGUGCCCUCGGAGAAUCCCGGCGAUGUCACCACCGUUGAGACCAUCAAGAUCGAGGGUGGCACCGAGUACCACUACACCACCGUCACCGCUGAGGGCAUCGUUAAGAAGGCCGUGAAGACGGUGUUCGAUCCCGUGCCCAGUGCUAAAGCCAAUCCCGAUGAUACCGACGAAGAGGAGAUUAUUGAGGAGUACGAGGAGGAGAUCAUUGAGCCCGGAGAGAAGAAUGUCAGGACCAUCGAGACGAUCCGUCAGUUGCCCACCAAGUUCGAAGAGGAAGUGACCAUCACCCAUGAGAAGAAGGAGAAGAAGGUAAAGAAGUCCAUGGUCAUAAGCCAUUAGAGAACGCGCACAAACACCAACACAAACACAACACGACACUCACCCACACACACACACUCAACACACACAAAGAUGCUUCUGUAUGAUCCCCAAUGCAAGGCUGAUACGAUCGAAGCCCCGACCAGAUCCCAAGAUCCCAAGAUCCCUCGAUCCACCAAGCUAAUUCUCGUGACAUAUUUCAGCAUCCGGUUCAGUUAGUUGGGAGCGGUCUUUGUACGCUUCUCGCCAGCUUCCUUCUCAAUUAUUUAGCCAGCCAUCUGUUGCCCUAGAAAUGUAUUAUGAAAUUAUUCAAAAUUAACUAUUCAUUUAAUAAUUGCAA